AUGCACCCAAACAAUAUACUUCCAUAUGUCUGGGCCAAACAGAAUGAAAAGGGUGUACAAUGCCUAAGCAGACAAACACUGGGUUCACCAUCCAAGGAUUUAGACGAAGUGUUGGAAAAAUUAAAACAAGUGCUGGACACCAUGUUUGAAGAAUACACACAAGUAGUUACCGACUUGGGCUUAGAAGAAGUGAUACAAAAUGAUGAUAAUCUUCGUAUUCCCAAAGAAUUAAAUGCCAUUCGAAAUUGUCUCGAUAUGUAUGAUCAAGAGUAUAUGGUCAAGGAAUGCAUAAGAGGCACCGUGUGCGGAGAAGGAUUUGCAACAAGACAACAUUUAGCGGGAUGUAUCGCCCUAUGGAAAUCCGAAUCCUACAUUGAUGAUGAAUUGCAAGAAGAAAUAAAAAAACUUUAA